AUUAUUGCAUUUGGUUUCAUGAAUAACCUAUUGAUUCCAAAUCUUGUUUUUGUAACUGCAAAUUUCAUUUUAAAUUUUAACAGUUUCUCAUUUUAUUAACUUCGAUUACGUUGUGAAGGCCUAUAAAUAGGCAGCCCCCAUUUCUACCAAAUAUAUAUAUGUAAUCUUUAUAGCCUACACUCUCAUUUCACAAAAUAUAGUACUUUGCAUUCAAACUCUCUUUGGCAAGGAACAUGUGGUGGCAUAGAACUUAUUUUACAAGAGUACAGAACUUGUAAUGUUACAACAAAUAAAGGUUGGGUUGUUGUAUGCAAGGUUCUACGCGCUACUAGAAAUUGUUGAAAUUCAGAUCGAAAUAAUUCAGACCAAUUAUCAUUAGUCUAAAAAAAUAUUUAUUCGGACCAAAGUUGGUUUGAAUAUUGAUGGGUAUCAAAGCCACAGUCAAUUUUCAAUAUUCAGACCAUAAACGGUCUGAAAAUAUUUUGUGGGAGUAUAGUAAAACCCAUGAAAUAUUUUCAGACCGAUUAUGGUCUGAAUAUUGUCAACGAAAAAAAAAAUAAUACAGGUGCUUUGCAUUUUGGAUAUAUACAGACCAAAAAUGGUCCAGAAAAUUACAGAUAAUAAAUGUGAGUUUCAAACCAAUUUUGGUUCGAAUAAAUGCAGCAAAGUUGUUAUUUCCCCCAUAUUUCCAGACCAAUUAUGGUCUGAAAAAUUGUAAGAUAAUUUUUUACGUUAAUGAUAUUUAAAAUGCAGCUUAUUUUGUAUAUAUGCAGAUAAAAAAUGGUCUGAAAAUUUGCAGCAAAUAAAUCUCAAAUUGGUCU